CAAGACUGGAGAGUCUGCACAGUCCGCGUGCGAGACGAGAGAACGAGACGCCCUCGUUGCGAAGAAUUUCUUCUUCUCUUUGGAGUAAUACUUUUUUUUUCUUUUUUUUUUUUCUUAAAACAAACUUCAGCGAAAGCUUGACGCGUGAAAUGACAUUUCUGUAGUGGCUUUUUAUCCGCCCUCCUGUGGUUCUGAAUUUCUUCAUUAUGAGUAAAGCCGCAAGACCGAAGAAGCGCCACGGUCUCCACGGUCUCGCUCUGUGCCCAGGUUGCCAGCAUCAUCUCACACCGAGGAACCAUGUGAGGCCAGGAGCCCAGCAGUGAUGCUGGCAAUGCAGCACUUCAACUCUUCGGGCAUCGUGGCCCCCACGCCCCUAUCAAACCACACUGGAGGGGAGGGGAUUUUGGUCGAGGCCGCGGCCUGGAAGCCCAACAGAACCGGACCUCCGCCCAGCAGCCCCAUGGCGGCAGGCCUCUCCAUGACCUUGGGUAUUCUCUCCAAUGUUGUGGCACUCAUCAUUCUAGCCAAGGCUUACAACCGCUUCCGUCGGCGCUCCAAGGCCACUUUCCUGCUCUUCGCCAGUUCCCUGGUAGUAACCGACUUGGCCGGACACGUGAUCGCGGGGACGCUGGUUCUGAGGCUGUACUCAGCAGGUGCAGACCCUGCCUCCAAUUCUCUAAGUGACCCUGACGUCCCCUGCCUUUUCCUCGGCGGCAGCAUGGUGUUUUUCGGCCUGUGUCCACUCUUCCUGGGUUGUGCCAUGGCUGCUGAGCGCUGCCUGGGGGUCACCAGGCCCCUGCUCCACGCUCAGUUAGUGACCACAGCACGGACCAAGAUGGCGCUCGCCCUCAUCUGGCUGCUUGCUUUAUGUGUGGCCCUUCUACCCUUCUUCAGUCUGGGGGCCUACACUUACCAGUACCCAGGGACCUGGUGCUUCAUCAGGGUUUUGGGUGACAUCAAGGAGACUGACCUUGCCUUUGUGAUAUUGUUCUCUGGACUGGGUCUGACCUCUCUUGCUGUGGCCCUGGUGUGUAACACCAUCAGCGGGAUCACGCUAGUGAGAGCCAGACUUCGAAAGAAGAGCUGCUCCAACCGUCGCCUGGCUAAAUCCCAUGACAUAGAAAUGGUAGCCCAGCUGGUUGGCAUCAUGGUCACAUCCUGUAUCUGCUGGAGCCCCAUGUUGAUCUUUGCGCUGAUGUCGGUGACACGGUCGUCCAGCGGCUCCAUGAACAUGAGGAUGGCCGUGAGGCUGGCGACGUGGAACCAGAUCCUGGAUCCGUGGGUCUACAUCCUACUGCGGCGCGCCAUCCUCAGGAAGAUCUACCACAUCACCAAGCGGCGGGCGAGCUUAAAAGGGAGCGCCUUCCGCUCCUUCCGCUGGGACGUCAGCUCCUUUCAGAACUCGGAGAAAAGCGUCGUCCAGCGGAUUUAAGGCGCGCGGGGGGGGGGGGCGAUACGGAGGAGGGCGUGGGACGCGUCACCUGUCACUUUAAAGGGAUACUGUUUUCCCUGCCGGCCCGGUUUAUGGGUUCAACCAAGUGAACUGGGCGGCCUGUCACUUGGACCAGAAAGCACUACUGAACGGUUGCUUGUAUGAAAAGAGGGGGUUUUAUUUAGGGGGGGGGUGCUGCCUGUGAACAUUGUGCGAAUAUUAGUGUUUAAGAUCUGCAUCCCCAGAGUAAACGUCUCUUCUAGAUGGUCAUAGUAAACACCUUUCUCAAGUAUAACUGAGGUAUGAAGCAGUCUUCCGCCAUACCCGAGGAGGAGAUCACGACUCGUUAUGCUCGCUGCAUAACGCACAACUGUUAAUACUGCACAUAUGCAUACGAUACGCCUCGUGGAGAUAUAGGACACGCGCGUUCCGGGUGGCGCGGCGGUCUAUUCCGUUGCCUGCGAGCACGGGGAUCGGCGGUUCGAAUCCCCGUUGUUACCUCCGCCAUCCCUGCGGACACAAUCGGCCGCGUCUGCGAGUGGGAAGUCGGACGUGGGUAUAUGGCCUGGUCGCUGCACUAGCGCCUCCUCUGGUCGGCCGGGGGGGAAUAGCGAGAUCCUCCCACGCGCUGCUCCCCCCCCCCCCCCGGCGAAACUCCUCACUGUCAGGUGAAAAGAAGCGGCUGGUGACUCCACGUGUAUCGGAGGAGGCAUGUGGUAGUCUGCAGCCCUCCGCGGAUGGAUCGGCAGAGGGGGGUGGAGCAGCGACCGGGACGGCUCGGAAAAUAGGGCAGUUGGCCAAGUAUACCGUUGGGGAGGGUGCAGGACACGUGUGCAUUCCUUCCCUGCGCGCGCGGUCUUCCACGGGGGCAGACAGAUGUAAAUCAAACUGUUUGUGUGUUGGCCAGAAAUAAUGCGUGCCUCUCUCUCGCGCCAGAAACACGCGGGGCAAGUGUAUCCACAUGGUCUCAAAGCGAAACAUCUCAGCUUCGGGGCGAGCGGGUGCUGAUUUCAGCGCUUCCGGCGGUCACGUUUUUUGACCUUUGCGCGCGAGACGUGAUCUUCCUCUCUUCCUCGGUCGCGGUGUGUAAAAGUCCGCGACGGCGCGUAAAUACUGAGAGUAAAGGCCACGCUUUUACCUCAGCUUGAAGAUGUGAAAAACGCAGUGUUCAGAUGCAGUGCUGUCGGCACGAAUGUGAAUUUGUGAUUGUACUUUUUGUGAACGUGUGUAUUUAUUUUCCUCAAUUUUUUUUUCCCUGGAGGCUGAAAUGAAGCUAUAUUGUCGCAAAAGCUAUUGAAUGUAAUAUUGCUGAAUAAACGGACCAUGCGAUUGCC